AUGGAGCUGAAACUCGAGGAAGCGGACGAGGACGCCGCGGAGAUGCUUCGCGGCGUCGAAAACGUCGGCGGGAAGUCGCCGGCGCGACGACGCGCGCCCGUCGUCAGCGGCGGGUUAACGAGCGGUGCCGGCGGACCCGGGGCGACGGGGGGGAUGGGGCGGCGACGGAGCGUGAACAUGAACAUGACGUCGCGGCGAUUGAGCGUGAACGCGAACGCGGCGCACGGGAGUCCCGCGCGGCGUCGUCUCUCGACGACGCACCACGGGAGACGCGACUCCGACGGGACUCGACGGCUCUCCGUGACGUCGGUCGCGUCGGACGACUUUGGCGACGCGCGGGGGCGAAGGCGGGACAGCGUGAACAGCGCGCACCGAGGCGGCGGAACGCGCAGGCUCUCGACGUCGUCCGCGCUGAGCGUCGAGACGGCUGGUCUUCCGCCCGCGGCGGCGUUGGAGCCGGAGUUUCACUGGCAGCCGUUGCAUCGCGUGACCGUCGCGAGGGACCUCCCGCUCGAGCUCUUCGAGUCCGACGACGACGACGACGCGCUCGACCCGAAGGUUAUCGAGAUGGAGACGAAGCUCCGGAACGAGGGCGUGAUCGAGUUGAGCUCCGUCGCGGACGCCGCCGCGCCCGUGGGCGCGGAGGUGUCCGCGCAUAAAGACAUGUACAGCGGACACGGCGCGUUCACCGGCGGCGUCAGAUCCGGCGGCCCGAGCCGGCGCGUCAGCGUCGCGUCGGCGCACGGCGGGGGCGGCGACGCGUGCAUCGCGGAGGAGGAGAUGUCGGACGAGAUAGCGAUGGAGAUCGCGCUCAAACGGCGGCGAGACGCGGCGGAGCUCGCGAGGAGAUACGACUUUGACGUCGCGACGGCGAGGAAGGCUUCGGAUGUUGCCGAAACGCGCGCGCUCAGACCGUUUUUCCACGGGCCGUCGCCCCCCGAGGUCGUGAAACCGCCGCCGAAGGACGCGUCGCUCAGGAAACAUCGGUACGGGGAUUGGUUCCUGCCCAGCGCGACGCGCGCGAAGAAGGCGUACGAGGCGGCGUUGGAGAGGUACUUGGAGAAGAUCGGCGGUCCGCUCGCGACGGAGGCGCGGCUCACGCGUCUGCGGAAAGAGAAGAUCGCGCGGACGAUCGCGCCUCUGUACGCGACGACGCAGUACCGCGCGUACUUGAGAGAGAAUCCGGGGACGGGGGUGCCGCAUUACAUGCGAGAGAAGAAGACGAAGAAGACGAAGCCGGCGUGAUACCGUAGCGUCGGACGCGCGUUAUUAGAAGUAGAAAAUCUGAUCGAAAAAAAACCAAAUCGAAACGC